AUGCGCCCGGGCAGCGUCGCCCCUUCCUCGCCGUCUGUCACCUCACGGCUGGGGCCGCUGCGCCGGGGACCGGCGGUGGGGCCGUGCUUUCCUCCCGUUCCCUUCCGACUCCCGGAAGGAAGGGCCGUUCAACCUUGUCCGGAAGGGCUACGGCUGCCGCCCGGCGGCCGCGCCCGCGCCCCCAUGGAGGAGCCGCUGGCGCUGCAUCCCGUGAAGCUCUAUGUGUACGACCUAUCCAAGGGCAUGGCCCGGCGCCUCAGCCCCCUCAUGCUGGGGAAACAGCUGGAUGGCAUCUGGCACACCUCCAUAAUAGUACAUAAGGAUGAAUUCUUCUAUGGCAGUGGAGGAAUCUCCAGCUGUGCACCUGGAGGUACACUUCUUGGCCCUCCAGACACAGUUGUUGAUUUGGGGAACACUGAAGUCACUGAAGAAAUUUUUCUGGAAUACCUUUCCUCUUUGGGGGAAUCUAUGUUCCGAGGAGAGUCUUAUAACCUCUUUGAACAUAACUGCAACACCUUCAGUAAUGAAGUGGCACAGUUUCUGACAGGAAAAAAAAUCCCUUCCUACAUCACUGACCUUCCAUCUGAAGUUCUUGCCACACCUUUUGGACAAGCUUUAAGGCCCCUCCUGGACUCCAUCCAGAUUCAGCCACCUGGAGGAAAUACCUUCAGCAGACAUAAUGGACAGAGCUAACAGGAGUGACCCAGUGUAUCCAGCCUCACCAGGCCUCUUCCUUUUUAAACAUGAAUCUACCAGAUUUCUAUUUUAUAAUUUCUCAUGAGAAUUAACUCUAAAGAAGUUACAAGACAAGUUUUAAAAUUUCCUGGGGAGAGAAUUUAUCAGGGUGCAUGUAAGACAAUGCUACCAAAAAUAUUGCCAUAAUUUCUAAUAGUAUUAUACUAAUUUAUAAAGGCUGUCUUGUCCAAGUAGGCUGACACUUUCCACAUAACUCCUAUGCUGGCAAGUGGAAAUUCAUUCCAUGAGCAUUCAACGGCCCCUUACACAACUUGAAGUGAAUAAGGGGAUGUCCUGGCCAUCCCUUGCAGACUUGCAUCUCUUUGUCUUGUCACUGCCUCUAUUACGGGGGUAUUUGCUGAAGUCUAGCAAAAAAAAAAAAAAAAAAAAAAAAAGCAGAGCAAGUAUUGGUAGCCUAGGAAGUGAAGGUGUCCAGGAUUAGUGUGUUUAUUUCACUGACAUUUGCUCAGGGGAAGAGCUGAACUCAUCUGAUUAGAAUAUUUGCAGUGGCACAGGUGUAUGGGAAAGGUGAUGAAGCUGAACCGUGUGUCAGUGUGUCAGUGUCACACACACAAGCUGAAAUUCAGUGGAACUUGCUGUGGUGGGAGGGAACCUGGAGCUGAAGGUUAUCAAGAGCCUCGUAAUGUAAUCCAAGAGUUAUGGGAAAUAACCAGCUGAAAGAACAGAAUCUCAUGAGCAGAAGUGGUAGAGACAAAUUUCAGGUGAAAGUAAAUGAAGUGAAAUGUUUCCUUUUCUCACACAUAAGCUUAUCACCAGAUAGACAGAACCUUGUUAAUGCAUAAGAACUGUUUUCCUAGGUUUUUUUUUUUUCCCUUACAAAGCCAGAGUUAUGUUACAGUAAGGCAGGAGUAGCAUGGCAACUGCAUGAUAAUACCAGUUGGAUCAAUUCUGCCUUCAAUAAACAAUUGCAGACACAGUAGGAGUUCCAACUUUCAUUAAUAGUGCUGCCCUUUCCAAAGCAGUCAAAUACAUCAGGGCUCUCCUUAAGAGAAGUAAGUACUAGGUCUCCCCAAAUGUACAGAAAAUAAGGAAGAGUAAAAUUAAACUUUUCUGUGGAACAACUGAGUUUCUUGGGGUAUAUGCAGAAACAGUCCUGUCCUUAGAUUAACUUCUGAUUAUAUCAAUACAUCUUCUAGUGUAAGAUUUUUAGGGCUUUGCAGUUACUUACAGUGGGAAAGAACAGGGGAAUGAAAAAAUAGGCACAAUGUUUUCUUUUCAUGCAUGUAUAUACACUACUUUCUUGAACAAUUCUGUAGCAGUUACAUUUAGGAAGGAAUAUAAGAAAGACAUCAGACAAACCCCAGAACACUGCUGAUGCUCCAUAAAUGGGGAUUGCACAUCCCAGAUGCUGCCAAAAAGGCAUCUAUGCAAAUGCACAGCCCUUUGUACAGGGCUUUGUUGUGAAAAGUAUUGCUGCAAGUUCAGUCCUGCAUCUCAAACUUCCUGCACUGGAAACUUCUUACAUACCUAAAGGAGAUGUCUUUCCUCUACUGGGUUCUUUUUCCCAGAAUA